CAUGAUCUCAGUACGAAGUAAGUAGGACUUUGGUCACUUUCCUUCUAGCCACAAACCUCUGCCUGGUCUGACAGAGCACUGGUGGUGCUUUUUGUCUGAUCAGUCUUGUGUGGUGUUGGUCAAUGUGUUCAGCUGCACCUGUGAUGGAGUUUUCAUCUGGGGACCCAGAACUCCAGGAAUUCUUCCGGAAAAACCGGGAAUUUGCCUUCAAGAUAAAGAACGAUGUCGCUCGCAUGAAGGGUAUUCUGCGUAACAUCAUCAAGGUUGCCGGCGAGGAUCAGUUGCAGUUGAUCAAGGAACAGCUGGGGAUUGAGCAAGUCAACCUUCUGCAGUGCCACAACAACCCUUAUGACUUGGAAGCUUGCUUCAACCAGAUACUAGCAGGCCUCCACACCUACCGUGGCUACCUCACCCACAUGAGCCAGACUCUGACAACUCAAGCUAGCCAACUGAACCUUAUUAAACACGACGUCUCCAACUUGUCUGACAACAUCCAACAAGAGAUGAAAGACUGCGGGUUGACCACUGUCACCUACCCCCCGGAAGAAAACCAGACAACUCCUGCUUUCUUGCAAAACCCAUUAAUUGGAAGCUACCUUAUCCUUGCCAACUUCCAGAGAUUCCUGGAGACGACUCUUCGGGCACUGAGACCCUGGAGUGCAUAAAUGUGAUUGGAGGCUUCCUUCCCAAGCUGUGCAUCCUGCAAAGAGUAUAAUAUGGUGCUUCAUCCAGACUGAAGGAAGGUCAUUUGUUUUCUCACUGGCCUGCUCUUUGAUCUACAGAAUUCUGGCUUCCUAAUCUAGUGGUUUUUUGCCACCUUUUGGCAUUCUGUCACUAUUUCCCAUCAAAGGAAAACUCCUGGAUGACACGUUUGCUACUUAAUUCAUUUCUACUCUUCCAAGCAUAGCCAAAAGUCAGUACUGAAGAUCUUAUCUGAAGAUCUUAUCUUAUCAGAUCAUUAGUGAUCUGAAGUUCAAGUGCCUUUUAACAAGUAUUGCUCAACUAAGUAAAUGGUUUUUAACAUGCAAAACGAAGCUUCCUACUCUUGGAAGAUUUAAACCCUUGAUUUCUUUAGGGGCUGUUACAUGGAAUCUUCUGGAACUGGUUUUAACAAUGGAAUGUUGACCCAAGAACCACCAUUAGCAAACAAUUGACAUGGUGGCCAUCAAGAUGCCAUUUCUUUGGAACUGCUGUCUCAAAUUUUUUGAAAUGUCACCUUAAGCUUUGUAAAAGUAUGACAUUUUAGAUGUGACAUUGUAGAGUUUCACUUUGCUGGAAAGCUCACAUUUGCACAGGAAUACCUUAAUUUUAUUUUCCUUCCUUGCUCUCCUAGUGAAAUAUCCAUGAUCAGUUCCUAACUUUUUGUAUUUACUGGGCUUAUUUAUUUUAUUUAUAUUUAAAAACCUUAUCUUUGGUCCUUAGUUUUUAUCAGCCUCAAAUGAAUGAUUAUUUAGGAUAUGUAUCCAUUAUUUUAUUUAAUAUUUAUACCUGUCUUGCUGUAUUAAUUGUAUGAUGGAACUGUUAAUGCAGAAGACAACAGUCUCUGGGUGUUCACUCAUUUGCAUAGCAUUUGCUGUAGCACAUAUGCUGAGAUACAAACAGUGGGCAGAAUCCAGACUAAGUUAGUAAUGACUAGCCCAUUGAAAUGUAUAGGACUUAUUAGUCAAGACUAACUUGUCAUAGUUCACUGGUGCUUAAUCAUGACUAAACUAGUCUAGGUCCUACCCGCGGUUGAUUACUGUUUAAUAUUUAAACAGUGUUUUGGCCAUAUUGGUAGCUGGAUCAAAGUGCAGGUGGUGAACCAGGGGAGUGUAGAAACCCCUUGGAUAUACUGUACAGUGCACUUUAUUGUUUUUACCAAUGGUGUAUAUGACAUUACUUGGACUUCUGAUGCAUAUUGUGACAGGGUCAGUAGAGAAUUCUGUAACCACUUCUAUAAAAUUGGAGCAAAUACUAGCAAUUAAUCAACAGACCCCUUUCCAUAUAUGCCUACCUAACCGUUAAAUCCUGAGGUGUGUAGCUCAUGCCUCCAAGAAACAUGACUUACUUUUUUUACAUGAUGAUCACAGAAAUAGAAUCUAUAAUAUACAAUGCUAAUUUAUUUAACUUAUAAUUUAAAUAUAAUUUAUAAGAUAGCCAGUGUAGUAUAUUGGUUAGUCUAGGAAUAUGUGUGAGGGAUUUGAUUUUAAAUUAUUGUUCAGUCAUUACGUUCACUGUGUGAGCUUGGAUCAGCCACUCUCUUAGCCUAACCUACCUCACAGGGUUGUUGUGAGGAUAAAAGGAGGAGGGGAGAACUACAUACACCACCCUGAGCUCCUUGAUGGAAGGGUGGCAUAAAUGCCAUAAAUAACAUUUGUGUGAUCCAUCUUAAUUCAAACAAUUUGUUACUGAUCUGUACAGGAUUUCGUUCUAUUUUGCUCAAUGUCUCUCUUAUUUAUUUGAUCAUGGCUUUCAAACUAACAAAGCUAACUGUUCUGCCCUCAGAGUCUGUGGAACCUACAAAUUCUCCCACCACAAACAUGUACAACAGAUUCCUUGAGUGCUUUUACUUGUGAUACUGGAAAUGCAGUGAGGCAGUUGCACACUUUACCUUUUUAACUGAGCAAAAUUCCAGGUAUUUCUCAACCAACUGUAUAUGCAACUGUUAAAUGUUAUGGUUAUAGAGUGAACAUGGCAGUUCUGAUGUUUGUAGCAUCAAAUACAUGUGGGAAUUUAUCCAUGAGUUAGGAAUAGAAACAGAUAUGAGAGGAAACCAAGUAUUGUAGUUAAAGGUACUAUAACAGUGGUUGAGUGAGCUUGGAAUCCCCCAGUUCGAAUGAGAUCCUAACACUAGUUUCAAACAGCUGGCCAAUCUCUGAUUUGUUUCACCUUUUUCAGAAGAGGACAUUUUAUAAGAAAAGGGGGAUGUUCCAGAUAAGUUACCCAGAAGCAGCCUUUGAACACCUUAAAUUUGAAAGAUGCUGCUAUUUAGAUGGCACCUCCUCCUCCCUAAAUACAUGUUUGGAGGCAGUAAUGGACUGGAUGAGGGAUAACAAACUCAGACUGAACCCAAAUAAGACAGAGGUACUUAUUGUGUGGAGUCGGCUCUUGAGACAAUUUUGCUCUGCCAGUUCUGCAUAGGGUCACACUUCCCCACAAGGAACAGGUAUGCAGUCUGGGAUUGCUUCUGGAUCCAAACCUCUCCCUGGUGUCCCUGGUUGAGGCAGUGGCCAGAGGUGCUUUCUAUCAGCUUUGGCAGAUAUGCCCUCUGUGUCCGUUGCUUGAGAUAAACAACCUCAGAACAGCGGUACUUAUGUUGGUAACAUUGAGAUUUGACUACUGCAAUGUGCUCUGUGUGAGGCUGCCUCUGUUCGUAGUCUGGAAACUACAGUUGGUACAGAAUGCAGCAGCCAGGUUGGUCUCUAGGUCAUCUAGAAGAGACCAUGUUACUACUAUUUUAAAAGAAUUACACUGGCUACCAGUAAGUUUCUGGGCAAAAUACAAGGUGCUGGUUAUAACCUAUAGAGCCCCAAACAGCUUAGGCCCAGGGUAUUUAAUAGAAUGUCCUCCUCUUUAUGAGCCCUAUCGCCCAUUGAGAUCAUCCAGGGAGGUUCAUCUGCGGUUGCCACCAGCUCAUCUGGUGGCUACACAAGGACAGGCCUUCUCUGUUGCUGCCCCAAGACAGAAGCAGAAUAACUUGGGAAUAAGAACCUCCACAACAUUUAUUUAACCAAGUUUUUUAACGACUUGUGGCUUUAAAUUGUUUUAAGAUUUAAAUUUGUUUUAAUCUGUUGCUGUAAACUGCCCAGAGAUAGAAGUUUGGAGUGGUGCACAAAUAUAAUAAAUAAAUGUUUGUGCAUUUAAUAGAAUUUAAGGCUGUCACUAUGUUGAAGGCAUCAAGUGUUAGGAAUCUUCCCCUGUCUAAAUAAUUUACUAUCACAGAUUGAUAAAACCCAAGAUGCUUGACAGCAAACGCUAUUAUUGCAAAGUAACAGAAAUAUAACUGUGCUGGUAUCAGAAUAGAUGAGAAACUUGUUUCUUCCUUCUCACAUAGGAAUCAAAUAAUUUGAAUCUUUUGUUGAAUACCAGAAUGCUUAUGGUUAAAUACUUUUCUAUGGUAAUAUGUCUAUGUGCAGGAACACAUAGGCAAAAGUUUCUUUUAUUGUAAUAUUCAGUGGAAAGGAAAAUGUUUACAACUAAGUAAAACUGUGGAAAAAACAGAAGGCUGAAGAUUGUGUUGAAAGCUACUGCUCCAGAACAUGAUAAAUAAAAUCAGUUUUUCUAUA